GUUGUCAAACUAGGUUAGGAAAGAAAAACGAAAACAUUGAAAUUUACGCAAAAUCUACCUUUAGAAAUACAUCACAUCAAUUAUGGAUCAUACACCGAAAACUCACAUUGAGCAAGAAGUGACCGGUGUGUCACGGAGCGGACGGGUUUGCAAAAAACCAACGAAACUGAUGGACUUCCAGUCCCCGGACGAUAUCGAGGCAAAGCAAAAGAAACCUUCAACAACGCAACGAUUUGGUGCUAAAUCAUCUUAUGCACAGGACGAUUCGCACGGAACACAAGAUGAGAUGCAUACGGAAUCCGAUGGAAAUUACGAUACACAGUCGAAUGGAUCGAGCGGCAGUGAGUCGAUGACUAGCGACGACGAUAACGAAGAAACCUACGGAGCCAUGGACGAUGAAGAUAAGAGCGAGGGAGAACUCAUGAUUGACUCUACAUCCAGAAGAGAUAUUGCGAAAAAGGCUUCCAAAAAGAAAAGUGAUGCAAGCAGAAGGUCCGGGAAGUCGUCGAAAACCGGGGCAAAUAAAACCACGUCGAGGCGUAAGAAAGUGAAGAAACGCACCAAACCGAGCACUCACAAGCGGAGGGACAAAUCAGCGACCCAUUUUAAGCCACCCGGUUGCCAACCGACCGAUGUGGCUGCACACUUAAGUCUCUUAGGCGACAGUUUGACCGUCAUAGGAGAUCGUCUGAAGGAGCAUAAGGGGGAAGUGGCAAUUUCUGGAAGCCUUUCCGUGCUGCUGGACAGCUUUCUUUGCGCCCUAGGUCCGCUGAUGUGUUUAACGCUACAAAUACCGGGAAUGGAACGGAACUCGGACCAUUUGAAGGAGCUGUUCCAAAACACACUGGAUGAUAUAGCAUAUGUUAUGCCCGGUUUGUAAUAGUACUUAUAGUCCUUUACCUAGUUUUAAACAAUUUUGUCUCAGUUCCUAAUAAAAUCCAGCUUUUUCCUAUCGUAGAAACUAGUUUAAGAAAAAAAAGAGGAUACAAUCGUGUCUUCCAUUAGCUGGAUAGUUAUCUUAAGUUUUUGUAAUGAAAUUUAUAUUUAAGUUUUGAGGCAUAUUAAUUCGCUCAUAAUCAUAAGAACGUUCUUUCUCAAACAAAAGUAGAAAUGAUAAAUGUCGGAAAAUUAUACAGAAAAAUAUAACGAAUUUUUGAAUGUUAAUUCA